GUUACAGCGGAGCGCGUUCGGUUGAGCUCUGCGCAAUUGGAACAAAGCAAGUCGGCGAAACCUAAAUUGUGAGAUUACCAGAGAGGAAAUAUUUUGUUUUUGUUUUAACUCGGCGUUUCAACAUGGCUGUGACCGAAGCGGGAUGCGACCUCACCUACUGCAAAAUGAGGGGAAUUGUUUCUGUUCUCACCGCUUUCAUCAAGGAGAGAAAAAUGGGGUUGAAUGACUUCAUCCAGAAACUCGUGUCGACCCCUCAUAUCUGCCAACACGUUGAAGUCAACAACUUCCUGAAAAUUGAUGAGAAUCAGAAUGAGGAGGUUGAAAAUGAUCUUGGUGAAAGAAGGGAGUUCCUUAGUUCGCAAAGUUCACUUGCUGAGGACACUCAGAUCAAACCCUGUGAUUUCGACUACCUCAAAAUUAUUGGCAGAGGAAGCUUUGGAAAGGUUCUGCUAGCACGGCACAGGGAGUCCACUAAAUAUUACGCUGUCAAAGUGCUGCAGAAGAAAAUUAUCCUCAAGAAGAAAGAGCAAAAGCAUAUCAUGGCCGAACGCAGCGUGCUCAUGAAGAACAUCAAGCAUCCUUUCCUAGUGGGACUGCACUACUCCUUCCAGACUACUGAUAAACUUUACUUUGUACUUGACUACGUUAAUGGUGGCGAGCUCUUCUACCACCUUCAGAGAGAAAGGAUCUUCUUGGAACCCCGUGCCAGAUUCUACACUGCUGAAAUCGCAAGUGCACUCGGCUACCUCCACUCCCUGCAUAUUGUGUACAGGGACCUUAAGCCUGAGAACAUCCUGUUGGACUCUCAAGGCCACAUUGUACUAACAGACUUUGGUCUGUGCAAAGAAGGUCUUGAACCAAAUGGGACAACAACAACUUUCUGUGGGACGCCUGAGUAUUUGGCUCCGGAGGUUCUCCAGAAGCAGGCCUAUGACCGUACAGUCGAUUGGUGGUGUUUGGGAUCUGUGCUCUAUGAAAUGCUAUAUGGACUCCCUCCCUUCUACAGUCGCAACACAGCUGAGAUGUACAACAACAUCCUGCACAAGGUUCCUGUGCUCAAACCCAACGUGUCAAACUCGGGUCGGGAGCUGCUUGAGGGUUUGCUCCAGAAGGAUCGCACCAAGAGACUGGGGGUGAAAGACGAUUUUCUGGAACUGAAGUACCAUUCUUUCUUCUCGCCUAUCAACUGGGACGACCUGAUGGCCAAGAAGAUCACUCCGCCCUUCAUCCCAUCUGUGAGUGGUCCCACAGACCUGCGUCACUUUGACCCAGAGUUCACCCACUUGCCCGUGUCCUCCUCCCUGAGCAACGACACCUUCAGCGUGACCAGCAGCAUAAAAGAGGCAGCGGGGGCAUUCCCUGGAUUUUCCUAUGGCCCCCCAGCAGAUCAUUCCUUUCUGUGAAUACCAGCAUCGUGAACUGGUACUCUCUCCCAGAAACUACAAAUUCCGGAUGGAGUUUGAGGGUCAAAUCUUGAAGGAUCUUUUUCCAUGACUCGUGUACUGAGAUGGACUCAUGUUACAACAUCAUUGACCCUCCGCUUCUGCCUAUACCAUCUGAAACAAUAAUUAAAAAAAAAAAACUAUAAGUGUGCCAAGUACUGAAGCACUCCGGGAUCUUACAUCACCGCACACUGGUGACCGGACCCUCACUGCUCCUGAUGUGACAAAGAGAAGUGCCUGAAGUUUAAAAAAGCAAUUGGGACGGCGCCUGCAAGAGUCACCAUUUCCCAGUACGGUUCCACUGGACUUUUGACAGGGGCCCACGAGCCGUUCAGGGCGAUGCCUUCAUUCCAUGUUCGCGAACUAAAAUGGUCUCCACGUUUCCAUUAUGCAAAUUAUUUUCACGUUAAAGCUCUAUUGCACGAAAAAAACGUGGGUCAAGAAUAAAGAAGUCAUAUCAUGUCUGUAUUUGUCUAAUUCAUAUCUUUAUUUUGCACCAAAUUAAAUACGUUCAUUCACUGAAAUCUCUUAAAUAUUUACAUUUUAAAUCAUAUAAGACAAGAGCUUUGUUGUUUACCUUUUGUAAUAUGCAUUAGAUAGAUGUCAAUGUUGCACAGUGUGUGUGUGUGAGUGUGUAUAUAUAUAUCCAUAGAUUUAAUGAAACCUAUAUUUAUUGAAUGACUCGCCCCCUAAAUCUUUCAUUUACACACAAUCCAUAUAUCUAUACUAUUGAUCUGGAAUGUGUGAUUCAACCAGCAAUAACAGGUUUAAGCAAUGUAUAUCAAUCAUCUUCACAAUUAGAAUGUUUUGCAAUAAACACACAAGACAAAAUAUUAAAGAUGUCUUUGUAUUUAUGCAAGGGAGGACGUGUGAAUGUUUUGUGCCUGCCCGGACCGCCCUGAUCCAUGUAUACUGUAUGUCCAGUACAUAUCUCUCUUUUCCAUUACCUGUUGUUCCCUCCCGUAGAGAUCUUGAUUUAUGUAAGUGCUUCAUUAAUUUGACUGAGAACGAAAGGAUGGAACUGGCAUCGGCAUUAGCCACAAGCCCUCUGCUUAAUAGGCUUUCUUAAAAAGUGCAAUAAAAUCGCACUGGCUUUAAUGGAGGAAUUAUCGAUGGAUCUUGCAACGGAAUGGGAAUUGUAAUGUACGAAGUUGUGUUACAUUAACGGAUGAUUUAUUGCUAGUACAUACGUUAAUAAACUGAUGCAUGUAUGAGGUGCAUUUUAAAGACUGUUGAAAAAAAAAAGCACUGCACAGUACAUCAUUUUCUUCCAUAUUUGGAAGUGUCAAUUUUCUCUUUUGUAUUUCAGUGUGUAUUUAUUUCCCUGCCGUUGUGACUGGAUGAAGAAAGUAAUUUACAUGAUCUAUUUAAUUGUUGAGAAUUACUGUCAGAAAUUCCAAAUAAAAUCACUUACCUGAAAACCAA